AUGGCUCCCACCGAUAGAGCCGACCAUCCAGAGGGGAUCUUCUCUCUCCUCGACACCGAUCUCUACAAGCUGACGAUGCAAUGCGCAAUCCUCAAGUUCUUCCCGGAUGUCCAAGUCAGCUACCAGUUCACUAAUCGCACACCUCACAUGAAGCUUACGAAAGAAGCCUCCACAUGGUUGCAGAACCAGAUCACCAAGCUUCAGAAUAUCACCGUUACGGACGAAGAAAUCGAUUGGCUGAAGAGAACUUGCCCGUACCUGAACCACUCUUACCUGGAGUAUCUCAGAGGCUUUCGUCUUCGACCGCAAGAGCAAGUCAAGCUCAACUUCACACCUUCGGUGGCCGGUGAGGUCCCAGAUUCAACUCCUGGCGACAUUGACCUCUCAAUCCACGGUAACUGGAAGGAGACUAUCCUCUAUGAGAUCCCUCUACUUGCACUCACUUCAGAAGCAUACUUCAAGUUCGUGGAUAAGGACUGGAAUCACGAUGGUCAGGUCGCCAAGGCGAAGCACAAGGGAGAGAGACUGCUGGAAGCUGGCUGUGUGUUCAGCGAGUUUGGAAGCAGGAGAAGACGUGACUACAAGACGCAUGAGAUGGUGAUACAAGGGCUCAUCGAAGCUCAGAAAGAAGCUGAGACGAACGGGAAAGGCUGGGAAGGAAAAGUGACGGGCACAUCGAAUGUUCACAUAGCAAUGCGGUUCGGCAUCACGCCAAUCGGUACCGUUGCACACGAGUGGUUCAUGGGCAUUGCUGCCAUCACACAAGACUAUGGCAACGCCAACGAGAAAGCAAUGCAGUACUGGAUCGCCACGUUCGGACGGGGAGUGCUGGGUAUUGCACUAACGGACACAUUCGGAACACCUGCAUUCCUCAGAGCCUUUGCUAGACCCGCUUCCAAGAGCGGAGAUCUCAACGGUGCACUCGACUGGACCGAGCCGACGUAUGCUCAAGUGUUCACCGGUGUCCGGCAGGACUCUGGCGACCCUCUCGAGUUUGUACAAUUGAUGCGGACUUUCUACAACGCCCAAGCCAUCAAGGAGCCAAAGACCAUCGUCUUCUCCGACAGCUUGAACAUCGAUCGAUGCAUCAAGUACAAGGAGGCCAGCGAAAAGGCACACUUCACCCCGUCUUUCGGCAUUGGCACGUUCUUGACCAACGACUUCUGGCAUUUGAGCAAGAACGAGAAGAGUGUCCCUCUGAACAUUGUGAUCAAGCUCAGCAAGGCAAACGGACAUGAUGCCAUCAAGCUUAGUGAUGACAAGGGCAAGAACAUGGGCAACAACGAGCUCAUGCGGUCGGUCAAGGAGCAAGUUGGCUAUUCCGAGAAGUCGUGGGUGGACGGCGAUGAGGCACAUCGGUGGGAUAAGAACGACGGCUGA